AUGGAUCCCGUACUUCGCGCCAUAAGUACAGAAGUACCACUUCCUAUUUCUCUUCUUUCAGAGCUAGGAAGAGGCUCGCUCAGAGCGGCCCUAGGCAAUAUUGAUUCCAGCGAGGAUGUCUCCCGAAUGUUGGCUCUAUGGCACAAGCUGGUGCUCACUGCGACCAGUACGAGAGUGGCCGACAAACAUAUGACUGCGGCGUCAAAUACUCUCUGUGUCUAUCUACGUGGGGCUGCCGCAAGCUCUGCUGUUGCGCUUCAAGAAAUCGCCCUUUCCAAGGAUGUGUGGUUCGAAACGUAUCGUUGUGCCCACAAGGCCUUCAACGAUGGCAAAACGAAAAGAGCAAAUCAGAUCAUGGAGACUCUCUGUGAUCUGCUUGACCAGCAGAAUGAUCCCGAUGUCCUCACUGAGAUUCUGCGGCAAGCUUCACUUCCCUUGGUGAGGAUUAUUUUGUUAUCUUUGCCUCGCUCGGAGACUAAGAAGGCAUGCCUUAUACUGGCAAGCCUCCAUCGGAAAACGCCACUCCAUGCGCAUCUUGAUCAGUUGGUCCAACAAUGCAUGGACGAAAACCGCUUUAUGUGGACGCAGCGGCUGUCACGACAUAACAUCUCAAUGGACGACGUUUCUACUAUCGGGCAGGGGAAUAUCGCUCAUUUUCUGCUUGCACUAAUCUUUGCAAUGGUUGAUCUAGACACGAGAAGCGCCGCUCUCAAGGUUUGCUCCAUGCUCUGCAGUGAUGCUUCCGAAUCCCCGGCAUCGUCAAGUUUGCAAGCUCUAGCUGAGCAUGCCAUAAAGCUGUACUUGGAAAGAAACCAUGCAGCUCUCGGUGAUUUUGCAGAGAAUGUUUUGCCGGUUAUCUUGGACAGGAAAGAGAAGUUCAUGGCUUUCGUGCAACCGUAUUCUAAAUCAUGUCAAGAAGGCGGAUCAAGGAUGGCCAUAUUUAUCGCGAUCCUUAAAGUUGGUCGAGCGAAGUCGAUCUUGACGGAGUCUGAAACAUUAGAGCUUUUCGCAUCAGCAUUUCCGCCCGCUCCUCCCCUCAGAGAUGAGACAAAAAGGCUCUAUUGGUGUAAACAGAUGUUGAUGAGCGCUGAUUCCGAAGUGCGUACUCUUACGUACGGACUGUUGGUGACGUCGCCUGCCACAAGUGCCAUUGUCUUGCCAGAAACCCUAGAAUGUAUUGCAACUAGCAUGAAAUACCUACAUGAUGACGCAGCCGCCCAUGAGCGAGGUGAGAUUCUGAGCAUCACUAAGAGACUGCUACGAAGGCUACAGAACAGUAUCCCGACACUACGAAAAUCAACACAGGUCCUCUACAAUGUGAACGAUGCCAAAGCCCUGCUGGACUCGUACUAUUCCUUCACAAAGACUUUCUACGCCUUUUUGAACGAAGAGUUGAAUACAGGAAUAUCCUACCAGCGUCACAUCCUCGGAUUACAUUCCCUGCAACAUCUGCUUGAUCUGGGUCUGGAGCCUGACAUAUUUACAGGGGACAAGGCUCUCUUGAAUGCUUUGAUAUGCCUGGUGCUCGAUCCAUUCGAAGACGUCCGGAGCACUGCGGCAGCUAUUCUCCAAAGACUCAUCGUUCAAGGUGGAAGCUUGGUUGCUAGCCCUAUAAAUCACAGCCUUCUCAAAAGGGUAGAGGUGCUGGCUGUCAGGACUCUGCGCGCUGAUCAUGCUGACGGAAUGGGACGGCUUUGUGCUCUUACGAGCUUCUGUUCGCCGCUGGAUGUGCCCGAGCGAGAUUGCAAUCAUGCAGAAAUGGUGAAAGAUCUAACUUUCCUCGAGCAGUCAACAACUGGACAAGGAGCUGUCGAGCUGAGGCCUGGCUGCGCUAUUCCGCUCCACGCACUUUUACUUGCCACAAAUUAUCGACUACGAUACCUCAGCCGCCAGGAUGAACAGAUCACGUCCAUUGGCCCCAUGGUUAUCCGUGUCUGUGAGAAUGUCUGGGAACAAGUGCGACUCCAACUUUGCGUCGAUUCUCCGGAGACCGCCUCUGAAGCUGAGGACGAAAUCACCAGUGAAGGGCCCAAGGAUCUUCUUGCUUAUUCUUGGAGGGCACUUCGAGAUUCGAGUCUUGCUCUUCAAUCAUUGAUUUUCGUUGCGGCGCCCUCCCGGGAGCUUUGUUCUGCUGUCGGCGACCUUUGCAUGGAUCAAUUGAUUUCGUUACGCCACCGAGGGGCCUUCUCGACAGUUGCUCAGACCUUUAGCCAAUGCUGUGACAAAGUCAGGCUGUCUUCUGACGUCGAAGUCCGUGGCCUCGUCAACAAGUGGUAUCAGAUUGCGUUGAGUCAAAUCAACGAGCAAGCAAAUCGGUUAACGCGGCGUUCUGCUGGUCUUCCAGCGAUGAUGGCGGCACUCUUGAACCAUGCCGACCUGGAUGUCUUUUCUUCUGCGAUUAACGACCUUAUGGUGAUUGCGGAGCGACCAACAGAUGGACUUCAUAUCCUCGAGUACGAGGAUGUGAAACUACCGCAGGUCCACGCUUUGAAUUGUCUGAAAGAAAUCAUGACGAACUCGAAGUUCGCGGUUGUCGUGAUUCAACAUCUCGAGAGAAUGAUGGAACUCGCUGCGACUUGCCUAUCGUCCAAGGUCUGGGCGAUCCGUAACUGCGGGCUCAUGCUUCUCCGCGCCUCCAUCAACCGUCUUGAUUCUUCAGGGGCAGCCGAGGCAGUCGCGUCGACGAAUCGGUCCAACGAGAAGGUGAAAAGGAAUACUCCAACAGCAAUUGCGUUCCGCCUCUUUGAUGCACCGGCGCUCGAAACUGGGGAAGCUGUCAACCGUAAAGGCAGUGAUACGGAACUCGUUUUUGCUGGUCUCGACCUUCUGGGACAUGCGAUUUUCAGAGAGACAGAGGCAGAUGAAGCCGCAAAGCUUGUCAUGAAACACUUGACGCACUCGACAUGGGCCGUUCGAGAUCAUGCGGCCCUGCUACUGGCCACCCAUAUACUCCGCGGGAGCCCUGCUGGAGCGAUCAUAAAGCUCCUGCAAGAGAUCGGCCUCUCUGGCCCGGAGAAUCAAGUCCACGGGAUUCUACUUUGCAGCUUCUACCUGAUGGGGCGAGCUACAGUCAUCAUUACAAGUACGGAGCUCGAGUUCAUCGUCCAGUGUCUCAUCGACCAGAUGGUACAUUCCGAUGGGGACCUGUUCCCCCACUCACCGUAUGUCUACGCUGCUUGGUUGGAUUUGUUGAAUGAUGCCGCUUCCUGCAUUCUUGAAAACAGCUGGACAUGUGGUGUGUCCGGCAUACAACGGUUGCAAGGCCUCCUGCCACCCACUGAAAGGAUUCACUCGGCACAUUAUUCAUACUUAUCUCGAAGGAUACUGCUUUGCCAGACCUACCACAUCCUGAUUCGGGACCAGCAUCUCGUUGAUAUAAGCACAGAGCUACAAGAUUUAGCCGGUCGAUUGGUCGAGGAGUCUGAUGCUCUGAGCUACGUCCUGGAAUUCCUGGGUCACAAGCAUUGUCACAGACCAUCCCGAACUUUAGUCAACCUCCUUAUCUGUCUCAUCGAGGUCGGAAGCAAGCAUUUGCGUCUUCCACCAACUAUUCUUGAGCAGAUAUUUACAUGUUUGGCGCAAUGCCUCGAUCAUAUUACAGAUAUACCCAUUGGUAUUCUACGAACACUUUUCUCCCGCCUGGACAUGUCCCAACUCCAUACCACGCGGGAUUUAAGGAAUGCAGCUCUGAAACUACAAGCUUCACUGCUGGGAAGUCUUCAAACUGCGCAUGGUGGUUCGUUCCCGUCUACGAAACACAUCGAAGGGUGGCUACAUGCAGUCCAGGACAUUUCGGCCGACUACUUUGACUUUCCCACACGAAUGAGUGCUGCGACAGCAAUCUCCACUUACGUUGAGCAUCUCAAAUCUCCUGACGCCUUGGAGCUCCCAUCCAGUGUAAGGAUUCGGCUACUGUUGGUUCUAUAUGAUUUGUUGAAUGACGACGACGAAGAGAUCCGGCUCGAAGCGAUUCAUGCGGCUCGUAAGCUCCGGUUACAUCAGCUGAGUGCUAUGGACAAUCUGGGCUGCAGCGCCCUCGCUGCAAGGGAAAGCUUGCUGUCUGAGCUUUCGCGCCAUUUCAGCCAGACCUCGAAUCUUGCUGAAGCUGCUAUUGUCAAUAUCAUGCGCAUCGGGCAAGUCGCAAGCGAUGGUUUCCAUAGUGUCGGGCCGGUUUCUUUCUUCGAUAUCUCGUUGGAUUCUAAGCUCCAGAGUAUCUCGAAGUCGAAGAAUGAUUUGUUCGCAGAGGAAAGACAGAAUCUGUACAUGGACGACAUCCGUGAGAUUAAGGAGUGGACAGAGAUACUUCAUCACGGAGAUUGUAUAUUAACAAUUCAGGAGCUCUCGACGUCAGCGAUGAAAUGGACGCUCGAAGGUUUGGAUCAGGUCCUCAAACUUCUGGAAGCCGACCGCAUCACCACUCUUGAACAGCAAACAAGCACUCGCGACGGAGACGAGUUACAACGCCCGCAGAUCAUGUCAUACAGUCCGCGUCUUGAGUCAUUGUUCGUCCAUCCACUAGGCUUGACCUAUGACCAUGCGAUUUUGGUUUUGAUGCUUCAGGUGGUCAGCUUGGCUGGAGUGUUUGUUCGCCACGAUACAGCCAUGCACACCCAGCAACUACGGUCAAAUUUAGAGAGUAUAAAGGAAGUUUGCUGUGAUUCACAGGUCAAUCCGGUCAUGUUGGGUGCGGUCGAACGCGCCUUGAAAAGGCAGUGA